UACUAAUAGUUGUUCUCUACUUCCUACUAGUACCUACCAAUGGCACGCCCACGCGCUCACUCGAGUGCCGAGACAUCAAAAGAGCCUCAUUCGGUCUCCUUAAAAGUCUUGCGGCUAUCGCGGCCUUCUAUGUCCUACCAGUAUCCUCUACCAGAAGCAAACACGAAGAUUUCAAACAAAGCAUCAUUGAGUUAUCCUUCCGACAGUAUCGACAAUCAGUUUAUUCUCACUCCUAAUCUUACAUUACCUCCUGCCUUUGGAUCCGCUUAUGUUGGAGAAACAUUUGCUUGCACUCUUAGUGCGAAUAAUGAGCUUGCAGAAGACGAGACUUCGCGUAUUGUCACGUCAGUCCGAAUAGUCGCAGAGAUGCAGACUCCAUCGCAAGUAGCAUCUCUAGAGCUAGAACCGGCAGAUGACGCAGCCGCCAGAGAUGGCCUACAGAAGGGGCAAUCGUUACAGAAGAUCGUUCGAUUUGAUCUCAAGGAAGAGGGAAAUCACAUCUUGGCAGUCAGUGUCAGCUACACGGAAACACUAAUUGGAUCCGACUCGCAAGCGGCCAGUGGGCGAGUGAGAACUUUUCGCAAGCUUUAUCAAUUCGUCGCACAGCCAUGCCUUAGUGUCCGGACGAAAUCGUCAGAGCUGCCCCCAUUGGAGGUUGAAAAUAAAUCUCUAGGGCCUUAUGGGAAGACCCGACUCCUUCGCUUUGCCCUGGAAGCGCAACUAGAGAACGUGGGUGAUGGGGCAGUGGUUGUAAAGCAAACGAAAUUGAACCCCAAGCCCCCAUUCAAGGCAACCUCUUUGAAUUGGGACCUCGAAUGGCCGGAUCAGUCCGAUUCGCAACCGCCAACGUUAAACCCACGUGACGUCCUACAAGUUGCGUUCCUCGUUGAACAAGAAGAAGGGCAACAGGAAGGGCUGGACGCUUUACAGAAAGAUCUGAAACGAGACGGUCGAGCCGUUCUCGGACAAUUGUCCAUCGAAUGGAGGGGGACUAUGGGAGAUAAAGGCUUCUUGACGACCGGAAACUUAUUAACGCGAAGGCGGACGUGAAACUUCCGAAGUUUAAACUUGGUUAUCUUCAUGUGUAACCCCUACGUCCAUCGUCAUUAAGCCGAAUUUCGUGACAUCGUCAGUCUUCAGGAGACUUCGCUCGAAACAAUUGAUUUACGAUUUUGUGUUGUGGCACUAGCAUCCAGCUGUGAUGGCUUGGGUUAGUGACCAAUCAGUGAUAUAAGCUUUAAGGUUUUCUGAUUUUUGAGGGCUUAGAGCCAAGCUGUGGAUGUGCUACAAAGGCAAUCGAUCUAGGCGCAGCCACAUUUUGAAUCCCUUUGCAGCAGCCAGGUUACACGCACAUGCAGAGAGGGCUGGAAUUAGCUGGCUUCUCUGUGAGUUGCCAAAAGUACGGCAAAAUUCAGCGACAACAGCAAUUUCCAAAAUUUAGAUAUUCAUGAUACUUAUCUUCUGAUAUGAUGAGUUUCGUCGAGGACAUGUAUAGAAGUACCUAGUAAGCACCUACUACUAGUAUUGGUAGGGGUGGGUUUGACAUAAGCUUUCCGAGAUCUUUGGUUGUUGGAACAAGAACAUUUGCAAGAGCUUAUUGGUCUCUUUUUGAC